GAGUGUUGUUUUGUAGGAAGCGGUCCCUUGGCGACGCUUCAAAGCUGCGGCUUUAACACGAAUUUCCGUGUAUUGUCCGAAUCGUGAUGAGGAAAAGGAAACGUGCGAUCUGGGGCUGAGCUCGAUAUAAAAAAGGCAGCGGCCUUGCCGAGCGGCUGUGUGUGACCGAGGCACCCGCCAGCCCACAGCCAGCCACCCCGAUCGGCUCCCCGAGCAAAUGUCAGCCGCAAUCGAGAGGAAAUCGCUGGAGAAUGCGGAAGAGCCAGUGGAUGAGGUUCUGCAGAUUCCACCUUCGUUGUUAACAUGUGGAGGUUGUCAGCAGAAUAUUGGCGAUCGUUAUUUCCUGAAGGCCAUUGAUCAGUAUUGGCACGAAGACUGUCUGAGCUGUGACCUGUGUGGCUGCAGACUAGGAGAAGUGGGUAGGAGACUGUACUACAAACUCGGUAGAAAGCUCUGCCGCAGAGAUUAUCUCAGGUUAUUUGGCCAAGAUGGACUUUGUUCUGCCUGUGACAAGCGAAUCCGAGCCUAUGAAAUGACAAUGCGAGUAAAGGACAAGGUUUACCACCUGGAGUGUUUUAAAUGUGCUGCUUGUCAAAAGCAUUUCUGUGUGGGAGACAGAUACCUGCUCAUCAACACAGACAUCGUCUGUGAACAGGAUAUUUAUGAAUGGACUAAACUCAAUGGAAUGAUCUAGAAUCCUGAAAUGCUGAGUUUUGUAAGCACUGUGUAUAUGUGAAUUUAUGCUUUUGUAAGAGACUGUAAAUGUUAAGAACUUGUACAGAUAUUUUAUUAAUACAAGCUGUGAAUGUACACAUGAUUUACUGUGAGCAAUUAACUUUUACAGCUUUAUUAAAAAGAGUGAAAAUUAAAAUCUUAGCUGUCUAAAAAUAUGCUAUGUAAUUAAAUUUAAACAUUCCUUAGCUUGAGUUUUGAUAGAAUUAUGUGUGCGGUUUGGAACUAAUCUUCAACAGCAAACAUGGAUACAAUGUUUGAAAACUCAAUGAGAAUUGAGUAUUUCCUCCUGUUUAAUAGCCAGCAUACAAUGUGCUUUCACAGUGGAACAGAGAUCAAUAUGGUCAAGGAGACACCUCCACCCAACCCUUCCCCCUGCCAUCAGCCACAACACCCUCUCCUCAUCAUCAAAGUAGGCUGGUUAUCACAGUUGCAUGUCAAUUAAUGGAACCAAACAAGCAUCUUUUUUGAUCCCAUUAACUGACUUUCAAGCUAUCCCACCUCGCUUCCCCCCUCCACCUGUUUAUUCUGGCAUCGUCCCCUGUCCUUUCCAAGAAUCUUGGCCCAAGAUGUCGACUAUUUAUUCAUUUCCAUUGAUUCUGACUGACAUUCUGAGUUCCUCCAGCAAUAAAUGUGAGUUGGUUUGGAUUUCCAGCAUCUACAGAAUUCCUGGCAUUUAAGUUUCUUGGGUAGCAGUAUGCAGCAGCUUCAGUAAUGAGCUUAUUUCACUGUAAGCUUCAGAAUAGUGAUUCUUACUGUUGAUUUCAGUGUUUUUGCAAUUAGUGUAGGGCACUGAAAAUCCUGUGAUACUAUUUAAAGAUCUCUGGAAUUCUUAAACAGAGCCAGUUCCCGUUGAUAACCUGCGACACUUUCAGCUAACCAACCUGUCCUGAUUGUGUCAGAUAUGGUCAACCCUAGAAUGAGAGCAGGGAAUGUUAGGGGUGGCUAAGUGUAAUCUGUAAGGAGAGGGCCAAGAUCUGCAUUCUGGUUCCAUGAUCUUUCAUGCUAUUCACUGGCCUCCAGCAUCUUCACCAUUUCUCUCUCUAAAGCAGGGGUUCCCAACCUGGGGUGCCCGCACCCCCAGGGGGUGCGACAGAGUGGCUUGUGUCCUUGAGUGAAGAGUCACAAGUCAUCACUCAGCCAGCUGCCAGUGUGCCUUGAGAAGUGGUAGUAACGUUUGUCCCAAGCACACUCCAGUCUCCCCUGCCCGAGUCGAGACAGAUGGAAACUCACUCCAGUCUCCCCUGCCCGAGUCGAGACAGAUGGAAACUCACUCCAGUCUCCCCUGCCCGAGUCGAGACAGAUGGAAACUCACUCCAGUCUCCCGCUGCCCGAGUCGAGAGAGACGUAAACUCACUCCAGUCUCCCGCUGCCCGAGUCAAGACAGAUGGAAACUCACUCCAGUCUCCUGCUGGCCGAGUCAGUGUUGAGGAUUCUCAUUAGUGUUACCUGGGAAGUUACACCUCAGAGUCGAGGAGUCUCAUCAUUGUUAGCUAGAAGGUUACAUCUCAGAGUUAAAAAUCAUCUCAUAAUGCCAAAAUCUUUAAAUAUCCCCAAUCAACCAUCAAGUAACGACUUUGCAUUAAAACCAAACCCGCAGACAGUAGGUAAAUUAUUCAAUU